AUGAAGGCUUCUCAAGGUCUUUCUAUGGGUAUGCCCUCUUGUGGGGCCCCGACCUCAGCGUUUGCUGCUGCAGCGUCAGAAGCACCUCAGCAGCUUGAGGGAGCCGCUCCUGCUGCUGCAGCAGGAGCCCCUUGCGCUGCUGCUACUGCUGCAGCAGCUGCUGUUCAGGGCGCCGUUGUUGGAGGCAGCUGCAUGCAAGCUGUCUCCUCUGUCCCUCCUGUCUCUUUCUCUCCUUGUGGGGGCCCCCCUCCUGCUUAUGCAGCAGACAGCGCAGCAGGAGCAGCAGCAGGAGCAGCAGCAGCAGCAAUAGACCCGCUGCAGCCACCCUACUCCUCUUUGUCUUCAGAAGGGACCUCCCAGGACUCAUUUGCUGCUGCUGCUGCUGCUGACGGCGCGCUGCACUUCGCUGUGGGGGGCCCCUUCAUGCAGGAAGAGCAAGGGGGGAUAGCAGCAGCAGCAGCAGCUGCAGCUGCUGCUGAUAAUCCGCAGCAGGCCCUUGCGGCGCAGCUCGAAAAACCUGCACCGACAGAUGAAGCAGCAGCAGCAGCAGCAGCUGCUGCUGCUGCUGCUGCUGGGUUAGGACCCCCUCUGGAGGCAGUGCCCAGCGCUGCGGCUCUUGUUGAGGCCCCCCAAUCAGCAGCAGCAGCACCAGCAGCAGCACCAGCAGCAGCAGCAGUUUGCGACGGUGCCCCUGAGACCGGGGGCCCUCACAUUGACGGCAGUGGUGUUAAUGUUGCUGCAGCAGCAGCAGGGGGUGUUGUGGGUGUGCCUGGCGGCUGCCCGUUGGAGCCUUCUUUCGCUCCUUCUCUAUGCGUAGCUCCUCCCCCUGCUGCUCCUGCUGCCGCUGCAGCAGCAGCAGCAGCAGCAGGUGAAGAACCGAUGAUGGAGCCGGUGGGAGUUGGCGAUGGCCCCUCCUCUGGAGAAUUGCCUGCUGCUGCUGCUGCAACAGCAGCAGCAGCAGAUGCAGCAGCAGGAGGCGAGCUGGCAGGAGGUGCGAACAGCAGCAGCAGCAGCAGCAACAGCAGCAGCAGCAGCAGCAGCAGCAGCAACAUCCCCCUGGAUGUGGGUGUAGUAGUUGAGGGUGGUGCUUCCUUUGUUGAUGCGCCUUUGAAUGAUAUGAAGAUUAGCGGAGGCCUUAUAGAUUCGACUGCUGCUGCUGCUGCUGCUGCUUCUCUUUGUUUGGGGGGUUCGUCUGCUGCAGCAGCAGCAGCACCCCCACCACCACCAGGACCAUCAACAGCAGCAGGAGGCGGCCCUCCACCCGCUCCACCCCCAACAACAGCAGCAGCAACAGCAGCAGCAGCAGCAGCAGCAGCAGCAGAAGAGGAAGCAGCAGCUCGUUGCGGGUGUGAGAAGUAUUUACAGUGGCUGGAUGCUAUUCAUACAGCUUGUUAUAAGCUCGACGAACUCUGCAGCAAAUUAGAUAAGAACUUCCCCAACGCAACGAAGGCCUGGGAAGAAACAAGUGCAGGCAUUAAAGGAGCAAGGCUGUUGUUUCUUCAGCAAGCAGAGGUGCUGCAGCAGCAGCAGCACAACCACCAGCAGCAUCCUGCUGCUCCUGCUGCUGUGCUGCAGCACCACCAGCAACACUUGCUCCAGCACCACCAACUUCAUCCUGCGCCUGAGGAGCCCUAUCAUCAUCACACGCAAUCUACCUCAAGAAAGAGACAACGUAGAGAAGCAGCAGCAGCAGCAGCUGCUGCUGCUGCUGGUGGUGGAUUAGAGGGUUCGAUGUGCAGCAGCGGUUUGCUUGGGGGUUACGGUGCAGCAGGCAGCAGCAGCAGCAGCGGUUUGUCUAUAGUCGGGAGUCCUACAGAUUGUAUGCUGAGUUCAGUCGGGGGUAUAGGUGGAUAUUCGGGUGUAUAUGGAGGUGGCUGCAGCACAAUUAGCAGCAGCAGCAGCAGCAGCACGAGUACACCUAGCCACAGCAGCAGCAGCAGCAGUACUAAUAACAAUAACCCAGCGACGAGCAGCACGAGCAGCAAAGGAUUAGGUAGUUGUUACGUAGGAGGAAUGAGCAACAACAGCAGCAACAGCAACACAACGAACAACAACAGCACCAGCACAAACAGCAGUAGUAGCAGCAGCAGCAGCAGCAGCAGCGGUGUUGUUGGAGGUGAAGGAGGUGAAUACGAUUAUUUGCUAGACUGUCCUGAACAAGAAGCGCCGAACCCCUUGAACCCUUUAGAUUUGAAGUGCGAUGUUGCUGGGGUGUACUGGGACAAGAGAAGCUGGAUAGCCUCGUGGUACGAAGGCGGUAAAAGAUACUAUAAAUCUUUUUCAGCUAAAACGCACGGCUUCUACAGAUCGAAGUACUGGGCGAUCAAAGUGCGACUGUCUAAAGUGCAAAUGCACAAUGCAGGAAAUAAACAAAAUAAAAAUCAGCAUAAACACAACCAACAAAUCAAUCAUACGCUCUAA